AUGAAGAUCACCGCCAUCAUCACAGCGGCACUGACUGCAUCUCUUACGCUCGCAUCCCCAGCUGCUGUCAGUCUGGCACGUUCUGUCAAGGAGAUUAGGAAUGACGAUGGCACAGUGACAGCACUGUCGUGUAUCGAGUGUCCCUGUGAUGGCUUCGUCGGCACAUGCAAAUGUAUUCCAAAUGGUUGCUGCUGCAAGCGCCGGUCCAACUGA